AUGUCUAAUAAUUUGGAUGAUGAGGAUGCUCCUCCGGAGUUGAUCGAUGUGUCUGCCAUGCCGGCAGAUCAGACUUCUGUAGAUGAAACCCCAACACCUCGUGUGCCGAUCACUCUGGUAACAGGAUAUCUUGGGGCAGGCAAAACAACCCUAUUGAAUUACAUCCUCACAGAGAAACAUGGCAAGAAAAUUGCCGUUAUCAUGAAUGAAUUUGGUGAUUCAACCGACAUUGAAAAACAACCAAUGACAGUAAACAAAGACGGCCAAGAAGUAACAGAAUGGAUGGAAGUCGGCAACGGCUGCAUCUGCUGCUCCGUGAAAGAUUCCGGCGUAAUGGCCAUCGAAUCCCUCAUGGAACGCUCAGGCACAUUCGACUAUAUCCUACUAGAAACCACAGGGCUAGCAGACCCAGGCAACAUCGCCCCAAUCUUCUGGAUGGACGAAGGGCUCGGAAGCUCCAUCUACCUCGACGGAAUCGUCACUCUUGUCGACGCGAAAAACAUCAUGCGAUUGCUAGACGAGCCUGCAGCCGAGGAAAAGGCCGAAUCGCAUGAUCAACAUCACGACCAUGGCUCAGGACCUGUGUUAUCGAUGGCUCAUAUGCAGAUAUCGCAUGCAGAUGUCGUUAUCCUCAACAAGACAGACCUUGUCACGGCGGAGGAGUUGGAGGCCGUAAGGGACCGUGUGACGUCCAUUAACAGCGUGGCUAAGAUCCAUGUUACGGAUCAUAGUCGCACGCCGCAGAUUGAGGGUGUCUUGCUGGAUCUGCAUGCGUAUGAUCAUCUGGCGGAUUUGGAUUUCAGUAAGAAGGGCCAUAGUCAUAUGGACCCAGCAAUUUCCACUACUGCUAUUGUCACAGCACCGAUUUCGCCUGAUAAAGUCGACUGUGUCGAUGCCUGGCUGCGCUCUGUUUUGUGGGAGUCCACGUUCCCUGCGCCUUCCAAGUCGGUCUCAUCUGAGCCGCAUCCCGAUGACUUUGAAAUCCAUCGGUUAAAGGGUAUCCUGGUUUUAACUGAUGGAACAACUCGGAUUAUCCAGGCCGUGCGGGAUGUUUUUGAAAUCCGGGAUGCGGAGCCAAUUGAGCAUGACGAGGAAAGGACUCAGCCCCUUCAGUGCAAGAUUGUAUUGAUUGGACGAGGACUUGGGCCAAGCGUUGAGCCCUGGCUCGAAAGCUUCGAAUCAUGCGUGGCGGGUAAUUGA